UUCUUCUAUAAGACUGUUCCAUCUGCGCGUAAUGUUGAUCCUGGUGAUGUGUCUGGAAGGAAACAGCUCCGCAAUAAUUUGCAGUGCAAAAACUUCGAAUGGUACCUGAAAAAUAUUUAUCCGGAAGCUCCACUACCAUAUGAUUACAAGUCUUUGGGGGCCAUUGCAAAUCAGGGAACUAGGCUAUGUCUUGAUACCAUGGGUAAGAAGGAUGGACCUGUUGGCAUACAGACAUGUCAUGGAUCAGGUGGAAAUCAGGCAUGGUCGCUGACAGGGCGAGGAGAAAUUCGAUCUGAUGAUCUAUGCCUUUCCUCGAGUAGUCUCGAUAACCUCGUCCGACUAGAGCGAUGUAAUGUUGCAUCGUCGAAUACUAAGCACCUUUUCAAGUAUGAUAAUGAGAAUAAACAGCUUAUUCAUGUGAAAACCCGGUACUGUGUGACAGCCUCAGAUGGUAAAGAGGUCGUAGUAAGGCCGUGUAAUUUCUCUCCAGAUCAGACCUGGGCCCUCGAGGGCUAUAUGCCGUAA